GCGCGGACGGGCGCGGCUACGGCGACCGCGACCGCGGCGGACGAGCCCGAUUAACGUCCUUGUACUUAGUCCAAUCAGUCACGUACAUUCAUUCAUCGGGCCAAAGACCCGUCGAACCACUGACAAAUGGGCCCUGUAGCUAGCGGCCUAAGACACUAGCAAGCAAGCAAGCCAGCUCUAAGCAGCGAGAGAGAGAGAGCUCCUUUGGAGAGGAGCUAAUUGCAGACCGCAAGCUCACGAUUGCACGGUUGAACUCGACCAGGUUCGCCUUGCCUCGCAUCGCCUUCAAAAGCUCUGCGAGCGCACAGCUACUAGUCAGCACUGCACAUAAAAGCUACAGCUCAUGAUGGCGAGACAAGCCGCACUCGUCGCUGCGCUCUGCGCCAGCACCGCCUGUGCACUCCUCGCACCGCCGCAGCGCGUCCGGUUCAUGAGGCCGCUAAAGGCGGCCGGCCUCGACCCCUCGAGCCCACAAAUGCAGGCCGAGUUCGAGAAGCUGAAGGACGCGUCGCGGGGCUUCGUCGAGAAGGAGCUCGAGCUGAUGGGCAUCCCGCACAGCGCCGACAUGGACGACAUGACGAUCAAGCUGCGCCUCAUGGAGGCGCGCAUCGUGAUGGCCGCGCCGGCGGCCGCCGGCCCGGCGGCGAACGCGUCGCCCUACGAAAAGCUGGUCUUCGAGAAGCCCGCGAUCAAGGCCUACGUGGACCGGCUCUACAACAAGGGCGACAUCAAUGGCGCGAACAUCUUCAUGGAGUACAUCAACGACCCGCAGCAGGCCCAGAACCGCUACGGCAAGGAGGCGGACUACCAGGCCGUCUUCGCUAAGGCGGAUGAACUCAUGGCCGCGCCGGCUUUCACGUCGGCGAAGCUCGCCUAUUCGGGCUUUCCGAUGAUGGGCGAGGACGGGCUCCGCGGGCAAAUGGAAUCGAUCGGCGCCGUCAAGGCCUUCUCCGUGACCGAAGAGGACCCCGUCACGGGCAUGACCGGCACCGUCGAGUUCGAGGCCGAGGCCGACGCGAAGACCGCGGUCGAGAAGUGGGACGGCGCGGACAUGGGCAACGACGUGAUGCUCUCGCUGAAGUACCAGUAGAAGGCCAUCUCGAAAUAACUAUAGGUAC